ACAACACAUAGUUCAUGAAAUGCAGGAAGAAAUCUUUGUCGGUGACCUGCGCCGAGGCUUGCAUUGCCAUAUUGUCUCAGCGGUAAGCGCGUGUGACUUCGAGCAGAAGCACGCGGUGAAGAAGAGCAGUUUCAGGGUCCAGGACAGGGAUUAACUCCAAAGACAGCAAGGCGCGUUUGAAAUGAACGACCAAUGACAGCUCAGCUUCAUCGAGUACACCCCACUACCAGACCUCGUUUGCCGUCUACAGCUCCGGAGUAAAUGAGCCGGAGGUAACAAACCGUCGUCGUGUUCGUCUGAAGUUUGUCCAUCUGCGUUUUCCAGGAAUUCUAUACUCAGGGUCAAUUCCUUACGUUCUACUCCGGGCAUAUCGAAAAAGAUCAAGAGCAGACUCGAUCGGACAGGCGGAGUGUAUCUGACAGUUCCCAAGCCGGCACACCCUUGUGAUACCUUUGACGACGCCCAGAGAUUCUGUGUCGUAUCGGAUACUCAGUCGACAUGCCCGCUGUAUAUGAACAGUUCUUCUUGUUUGGUGAUUCUAUCACCCAGGACUCGUUCGAUCAACAGAGAGGAUUUGGCUUCUCUGCAGCGCUCCAGGCUGACUACAUAAGACGACUUGACGUAGUCAACCGCGGCUUCAGCGGGUACAACACUCGCCAGGCACUCAGCGUACUACCCAGUAUCAUUCCGUCUCCAGAACAGGCCAAGAUCCGCUUCUUGACCGUCUUUUUUGGUGCCAACGAUGCCUCACUUCCGAAUGCUCCCAACAAGCAGCACAUCCCUCUGGACGAGUACAAGGCCAAUCUGGAGAAAAUCGUCACUCAUCCGCAGAUUGUAGCCCACAACCCGCGCAUAAUUCUGAUCGCUCCCCCGCCUAUCAAUGAGCAUCUCUGGUGGCCUCGAGAUCAAGAGAGCGGAUACACUUCAGUCUCAAGAACGGCAGCCACCACCAAAGAGUAUGCUGAUGCAGUCGUCGGGCUAGGUGCUAAGCUUAACCUACCCGUUGUCAAUCUAUGGAAGGCAUUUAUGGCAAAGACGAAUUUCCAGAUUGGCGGAUGGAAAGUUGGCGACCUUCUUCCAGGUUCGCUGGAGACAGCACAAAACGAUGCCCUGGUCGAGUUGAUGUACGAUGGCCUUCACUUCCAUCCUGCAGGCUACGAGAUCCUGUAUCAAGAGGUGACAAAACUCAUUGCUGAACUGUGGCCGGAUCAGGUAGCAGAGAAGCUGCCAACAAUUUUGCCCGGAUGGAAUGAUGCCGCGGCAUGGCAAGCUUGGGAGGCAUCGAAGCCAUCGCAAUGAUCAACUCAUUUCAUCUAGAAGUUGGAUCGGC